AUGAGCAACAACAACAGCUUCAACAGCAACAACAGUGACAAUGGAAUCUUCAACAGAUCCAUUAGCACAAUCUCCCCCCUCCCAUCCGUGGGAGCCCCAGUUGUACCAAAAGGUACAAAGAGAAAGUUGGAUGAGUUGGAGGAGCUUGCCGAGUUGGCAAUGGAGUACCGCCCGGUAACCACUGGAACGAAGCGGAGCUGCCCUGAGGACUUUGACGAAGACGAACGCGUCCCAAAGCGCGUCCUUCGUCAGAUCCUUGCUGAUUACGAGGAACCCGUCCAGAAGGGCAAGACGGGCCUUCCAUUGUCAAAGGCCCUCUACAGACGGGUUCUGAGUCAGGAGACCCAGGCAGAGGCGGUCCUGGCCAUCACAGGGUGCCUCCACCCUAGAAAGUGUGAGGCAGUAAAGCCAGAAGAGGACGCCGCCGUCUUCCAGGUGCCACAUCCAGUAGUGCAGAAACAGAAACAAAAUCCGAAAUCUGGAUCAGUAUUAGGAUCAGUAUUAGGAUCAGUAUUAGGAUCAGUAUCAGAAUCAGUAUCAGGAUCAGUAUCAGGAUCAGUAUCAGGAUCAGGAUCAGUAUUAGGAUCAGUAUCAAGAUCAAGACCAAUGCCAGGGUCAUGGAUAAGGAUAUGA